AGGGUUCCAGGGGGUUGGGAGCCCGGGCGCUGUCCGCUCGAGAGCAGGUCCUGAAACGCGCCGUGCGCCACCGUGGGAGACGGGCGCAGGCAGCUAUUCGUUGUAUAGUUAAAGAAGACAGUUUUGCGUGCACGUUUACUUCACGGUCUUUGGCGUCUUGCGGCGCGGGCGCGGAGAUAAGUACCUUUUGAAUUUGGGGGCAGGACUGUAUUCUUCUCCAACGCGACGAAAUUCGUCUCAAAACUCACAUUUAAACCCGGAGUCCUGUAGCUGCAUCUGUGAAGCGAGUCUCGGUCAACGCAGAGGGGGACAGAGACAGAGUGACCAAGAGCUGCCGUUCGUUCAUACAAACACGACUACAACUCUCAAGUCAGCUCCUUCUUCUUUUACUCAAGGGUGCUUUUUUUUUCUUUCUUGUUGCGCAAUUUUCUGUAUUUUCUUUCUCUCUCUUUUUUUUUUGGCACGGUGGGAUAUGAGACUUCAAGAUGUGAGCACUGCUCCGCUCUCAUUCGCUUUAUUGAUGGGAGAUAAGUGUUAAUGUGAACGCAGCCGCAGAAGACGAUUUAUGAAGAAAUGUGCAGAAAACAGCCUGGAACAAAAAUACAAGCGGUGGAUCUGUGACUAUUUUUUUGCCCGUGAAGCCUGUUUUGUUUUCUUCCAUUUUUUCUACCUUGAAAUAUUUCUGAACGGACCGAGAAACUUCAGUCUCCAUUCAGUUCAGUCGCAGCUCAGGGGUCACGGUCAGUGGACCGAGAAGGGGAGAAAGGAGGCUACUCUGUUCUGCAUAAACAUUUUUCCCCCUAAAACUUUUUUUUUUACAUUUUUUUUUACUCAUCGGCGCUGAUGCAACUUGUGGAGAAGCAGAAGGGAUGAGGUCAGUCGCCGUGGUUUCCCUCCUCUGGUUUAGGAGACGCCAGAAUAGAGCCGCUGUUUUGUCCGGUCCCCAUGAGGAGGGGGCCCGCUUCUGAUUCAUAGUUUUUCGCCAUUUCUUUCUUCAUUCCAACCUGCAAAUAUCCAUUUUUUCGAUGUUUUAAAAUAUUUUUUAUUAGUCCAAGUCAACGUACAACGCGUCAUAUCGUCAACUAAUUAAAGUUUUUUUUUAAUAAGCAAAAAAAAAAAAGAGUCUCUCCUUUAGAAGGGAGCUGGCACCGUUUUUUAUUCAUUGGAGGUCACGGUGUGUCAGUAUAGCGGCCGACUGAAGCAGGGCGUCCGGUUGGCAUUUUUUUAAGACCCCCUCGCAGCGUACCGGGGCCCUGCAGCCCGACAUUACCCAUGGAGAUUCACUGUAAGCACGACCCGUUCGCGGCAAUGCACAGACACGGUGGAGUGAACCAGCUCGGGGGCGUGUUUGUGAACGGCAGACCCCUCCCAGACGUGGUUCGGCAGCGAAUAGUAGAACUCGCCCAUCAGGGGGUUCGGCCCUGCGACAUCUCACGCCAGCUACGAGUCAGCCACGGAUGCGUCAGCAAGAUACUGGGCAGGUACUAUGAAACGGGCAGUAUCCGCCCCGGGGUGAUCGGGGGAUCCAAACCAAAGGUUGCUACACCCAAAGUGGUCGACAAGAUCGCCGAUUACAAACGCCAAAACCCCACCAUGUUUGCCUGGGAGAUCCGGGACAGGCUCCUGGCGGAGAGAGUUUGCGACAACGACAGCGUCCCCAGCGUCAGCUCCAUCAACAGGAUCAUUCGGACUAAGGUUCAGCAGCAGCCCGGCCAAACAGGCUCAGUGUCGGCUCACAACCUAGCGACGUCCGUGGCUGCCACGCAGGUCUCAGCAGUGACCAGCGACUCGGCCGGCUCCUCCUACUCCAUCAGUGGCAUCCUGGGUAUCAGCUCAGCUGCUGAUGUGGGCAAGAGGAAGAGGGACGAAGGUUUACAGGAGUCACCACUGGCCAAUGGGCACGGCCACAGUGGGCGGGACUUCCUCAGGAAGCAGAUGCGAGGGGAGCUGUUCUCGCCACAGCAGAUCGAGGUAUUGGACCGCCUCUUUGACAGACAGCCAUCCUGUCCAAUCCAAUCCAGCUCUGACCUCUAUGUGAGCCCUGACUCUGGCAAGACCUCAGAUUAUUCGGCCAUGGCCUCGCUAGCAGGCGGACUGGAUGAAAUGAAGAACAGUCUGGCCAAUCCGGGCACGGGGGCCGAGUUAGGAGCCAGUGUGUCGGGGCCGCAGUCCUACUCACUAGUUCCAGGUCGAGACUUAGCCAGCACCACUCUGCCCGGCUACCCUCCUCAUGUCCCCCCCACCGGACAGGGCAGCUACUCCACCCCCUCCCUCACUGGCAUGGUACCUGGGGGAGAUUUUUCCGGAAGUCCAUAUUCCCAUCCGCAGUAUUCCACAUACAACGAAUCAUGGAGAUUUCCCAACCCCAGCCUAUUAGUGUUUCAGCAGGACUAUGGGUCUCUCCUGGGGACGGAAAUCGGCUGCUCCUCCAGUCUCUUCACCAGCCAGGCAGGACAGAUGCAAGGGUCACCCUACUAUUACAGUGCGACGUCACGGGGGGCAGGUCCUGCUGCCACCGCCACAGCCUCCGCCUACGACCGCCAUUGACCCCCCCCCCCCCCCUCCCCUCCCGCCACCUGCAGAGAGAAGAGGAGGGUGAGGGGCAAGAGACGAGGGAGGAAAGGGAGGGAGGGAUAGCACCAGCACCGCUCAGUACAAAUCCGCCUACGAACGGACUCCGAUGAGGAUAUGAUUUCAAAUCCCUGACGUUAGUGAAGUUUGAAUUUGACUCGAUUGACACUUAACCAACAAACACACUCCCGGGCUGCGGCGCAACACUGCAUCGGUUACUGUGAGGACUAACGGGUGUAGAGCUGAUUUAACACAGUGCUCAAUACCCCGGUCUAGAUUUUCACUAAUCAAACGUGCAGCAGUGACUGAAGCUUUGUUGUGAUCGAAUGAGCAGAUCAGAUCCCCCCUUUUAAAAACAGUGCUUUUACGACCCCCACAUCAAUCAGUUUUUCUAUGCCACGCUACAAUGACUUAAAGACAAUCCAACCUCUCCAAUCCUCACAACGACGAAUGACCAAAACCAUCCACAUCAUUAUCAAUCAAAUCUCCUUCCUGCAGAUACAACACAUUUCCUCCGGGGCGUGUAAGUCACAAAAGUUAUACCUGACCCUUGUUUGUUACUGUGUAUAUAUAUAUUAUAUAUAUAUAUGGUCAAAUUCUGGUCAUUUUUAAAUAAACUGAAUUUAAAGAAAUCCCAAGCUUGACUGGCCUCGUAAUGCCUAAUUAUGAUCAGAUGAACGUCACACAGGGGUGGGGUAUAACAAACAGCUCAUUUAACGAAAACUCACAUCACAGAUUCUAGACCUUUGAAGAUUGACAAGAUUUUCCACGUUACGUGGAUCUGCUGCAAGUGCACAUUGGUGUUUUCAUCCACUGCCUAUAAGUCCCCACAAAUAUGAAGCUCAUCAAUUGGUAGCGGUAAACAGUGAGUCAGUUCUGCAUCCAGCUGCCGUAAUACAUCCAUGCCUGGCAUCUACAUUUCUCAUCUGAAGUGGUCUGAACGUCACUGUCCGACACACCAGCCUUUCAGCGAAGCACAGCCUCUAAUAGGAGCGAAAGGGACAUCGAACGCGCUCACGUUCACGAGCCCAAAUCUAUUCCACCAGGCGUUGCUACUGUACAAGGAAGGUGCUAUCCUACCUCCCCGGUCGAGUCUUAGUCCCGAUCAAGAGCUAUUUAUAAUGAUGGAGACAAAGUAAUAUAUUAAGAAGCUUUUCUGCGCUGCACUCCGUGCUGAGAGUGAAUGUCUGUAAUGACUGAUAAUAGUGUCACGCUGUUGUGCUAGAGUAGUGAUGAUGAUGAUGACGACGACGACGACGACGACGAAGAUGCAGUGAAAUAUGAAAUUUGAAAAAAAAGUUUCAAAUAUAAGAAGACUUCUUUGUUUCUAAUGUUAUCAGAUUGCGAUUUUCCUGUUCAUAGUUUGUUGCCUGGUAUCAGUUGACACAGGUGCCGCUGAAUAAGAUGCCAUUUUUAUCCACUUCCUGUAUAUUCAGAAGAAGAAAAACAGGAAGCAGGGGCACCCUCUCUUUCUCUCUCUCUCUUUCUUAUAGUCUUUCUAUUUCUCUCUCUAAACUCCCCAAAGAUGGCCCCCCCUAGUGGAUCGGCUGACUAACUACAAAAGCACAAAGAGACUCAAUCAUCAUUUUAAAGGCGCCAUUUUACUUUGUAGACUUCCUGUCACGACCUACGUCUUCUUCUUCUUCUUCUUCUUCUUCUUCUUACCCUGCUCCCCCUUUUUGAGUACAUGUCCUUGUGCUGUUUUAAAUUGUUUCUAUAAAAGCAUUCCUUUUUUGAAAAAAAAAAUGAAAAAAGAAAAAAAAAAACGUGAAAAUUUCCUUUUGUUCGUCUCCUACAUGAGUUCUGCGCUGUGACAAUGCAUGACACCAGGGUCGAGGCCUUACCCAUCGUGUACAGACAGGACAGGUUUGCCCCCUCAGCGCUGAUCUGAAAUCAGUGUGUCAUCCCUCCCGACUGCCUGAGGGCCCCACUACGUUGAUCUUGUGAGAAGGGCAAUACCUUCCUAAACCUGUGCGUAGCUUCCUGUUUCAAUUCUGUGUACAGUAAUCAGUGAGCGAGAGGAGAAAGUCACAAUGUCGAUAGCAAUUUCAAUGAUUCACAUUUGAAUUUAGAUUUUUUUAGCGACUGAGAGUUUUCUUUUCGAUAAAAAGACUUAAAAGGUUGCGUGGUGUUGUUUUAGCCAUUGUCUGCGAGUGCUCGCGUAUCUUUUGUUUUUCUUUUUGCUUUGGGGUAUGUGUGGCUGACUGUAGCGCUUCACUGCUACUGUGUAAUUUCUACUAGCGUACAGAUUGGACGUCCCAAAUCUGCAGUGCGAGACACAAAAUCUAGCUACGUAAACACAAUAUAACUACGAACGCUGGCACACACAAAGCUGGUAGCUUCUCAAUCUUUGUUGUUUCUGGAUUUUUUGAAAUAGUAAUAGAGUGGAUCCUUUUGCAUUUGUAGACCUUAAAAGUUGUUGCGUGCACAACUCUAAAGAAGACUCUUAUGACGGCUCGCCUGCUGUGCUGCCUGUGGGCGCCGCAGCAGGAGCCUUUCCUUAUUUCUGUCUUUUUCUCUGGAUCCUUCUGAGGCAUUAUUGAACCUGAACCACACCAGCUGAAAACAAGGACAGUGCCUUUGUAUCUCAACGUGCCCCCCACCCCCACCCCCUCCAACCGCCCCCCACAACUGACCAUGAGUCACUAAAACAAGAUUCAGCAUCCCUCCCUGUAACUCCUGCAACAAAACUCUCAAUUAUCGUUCACAAGACAUUAAUAUAGAGCCAAUGUCAGAUAAUAUUUUCAACAGCGCAUGAACAGCAGGUUUUUAAGACCACCAGUUUCUGAAACACACUCCAACUUGGAUCUUUCCGUCACAGAUCUGCAGAACGAAAAAAAAAAAAAAAAAGUUCUAUUGACAAGCCACAAGUUUGGAGAAUAUGUUAAGAUAUAUCCCAAGAAUGGUCAGUUCACCCUGGACUGAAAGAUAUCAUGCUUCAGAUGAACACAGCGUUACAACGUGCACAGUCUUUAGUUUGUUUUUGGUUGUUUUUGCAGCUUUAAAGCCAGAAUAGGCAAAAGAAAAGCAUUUUUAAAAUAUCCCCAAACAAUUGCAUAUAUUUUGCAUAUUGCACAUGAUAUAUUUUAUAUUUUGCAGUUCAACGGCAAAGUUCAAACCCACAGAAACAUUAAAUCAUAUUUAACUGGACCACAGGUGUCAGUACAGGUGAAUUCUCCACACAUCAUAUAGCUAUAGAUUACGACUAAUACUAUGGAGGUCGUCCACAUGAAAAUGGUCGGCCAUGGCUGCUAGGCAACUGUUGCCAUCUAGAAACAACACAUGCUAACAAAUUUUGCAAGCUACGAACUGGAAAAGUAAUGUGGAAAAUGAGACUUCCUUACAAAAAGGAUAAACAUCUCCCUUUGACAUCCUAUGGAACUUUACAGGCCACAUCGUAAAGAUGACCCCACAUGACACCAUGUAACUGUUAAGCUGCUAAAAAGACAUCCUACCAUCCACUCUGUGCUUAUUCUCCUCCCUUUCUAAUCGUCGUUGUGGAUCUGUGACCGAAACGUCCAAGUUCAGGGCCGUGACCGCACGCGGAGCGAAACGGGGGCCGAGUGGCUCGACGAGGACGGACAGACGGCACAAAACGUAGAAACGAGCCCGGUGAGCGACAGACACAACAAGUUUGUUCAUUAAAACCAGUUUCCUUGUUUGCUUUAAUUAACCAGAGCGUCUUAUAACCGAAUCACCCGUUUCCUCGACCCAACACACACACACACACACACACACUGAUGCAAACGUGCCAGGAUAUUGACUGAAAGUCGUUCUCCUUGAGGAGCUAAAUCCAGACUCGGAGCCCGUCGCCCGGAGUCUCCGCGAGCCGAGCGACACGUUAACAGGAUUAGUUGUUAACUAUGCGUGUGGUAGUGACACAGCCUUCCUUGCCAUUGCUUUGACCUCGCUCGUUGAGGCUGGAUCCUCGCUGGCCGCCAGCCCCUUUUCGAUUGGCAGCUGUGACAUUGACUGCAGUGAUGAGGGAGGAGGAGGGGGUGGGGGGGUUGUUGUCAUUGUGGGUGGUACUGUAAAAAGCGUGGCACACACACACACACAUAAAUAUAAAGUACAGACACACCCUCGCGCUCCCUCCCUUUGUCCUUUGCGAAGUGGUGAUCUCCCCUCCUCUCGUGCCCCCGUGUUCCCCAGGGGAGCCCAAACCUGCUGUGCCAUCAGAAGCUCGUCCCGUCUUCUUUUUUUUCUCCCCCUCCCUCAGCCCUAAUCUCAUCAUAUCUCAUACCCUCGUCCCCCCCUCGUCCCCACCUCCAUGCCUCCCCUCUCCUCCCGUAAGCACCGCCACACCACCAGGAUUAGGAAUAUUAAAAACUAUUCUGUUGAUUUUCGGGCCCGUGACCUUCCUCAAAAAGUCCUCCUCCCUUUCCGGAGACAGCCCCAUUAAUCCCUCUUUCCUCCCCUUUCUUACUUUUCUCUCGGACUAUUCAGACGUGAUGCUCACUGUCCUGUCAGAAAUCCUGCAUAGGAAUGAAGCCAGGUGUUUUUUUCCCCGAGCCAAAACGCGAGGUCAUUUCAAUGGCAAUAUCGCUGCCGGUAUCUUCUUCACUUGGUCGAGAACACUCGGCGUCUUAUUGCUGUUUUACCGUUUCUCUCUCCUUGCAGCCACAGAGCAUUUAAAAAAAAAAGAAAAGAAAAAAAAAAAGAACCGUCUAGUUUGAGAUGACACUAAAACAUUCCCUUUCCUGCACUUCUUCAGUUCACUGUCCAGGAAAAUAAAUUGCAUCGUGAAUUUUGAUCCCAGCUCCGAGUCAAAUAGGAACCUGAAAUAAAUGCAAAUUUGUUGGGUUUUUUUUUUUUUCCCUUCCUUUCUUCCUUUUCCUCCUUUAUUAUGAUUUCUCACACUGCCUGACUGUAUCUCAAUACGAAUCCAUGAAGACGGCUACUGCCUUUCCUAAAAACCUGAGGGGAAUUCAGCAUCACAUCUUGACAGCAAUUAGUGGCACAAUCUGUUUCAUGCUUGCUGAUGUAACUAGGCUCUGGACAGAUCUCAUACUGAAGUGUUACAAUGUUCUGUACAUCUUAAUAUUAUUCAACUGUGGAAGAGGAGGAACACGCGACUCAGCCUACAAAAAUCGACCGUGCUUUUUAAGCAGAUGUUUUAAUCAAAAAAAGAAAAAAAAAGAAGUAAAGGAAUAAUAAUAAUGAUAAAAAAAAGAAUAGAUACAUGAUUUUUCACCUUACUGUGGCCUUUCGUGUAACAAUCUGGAGUUUUUCGUGUGUCCAUGGCUUCCUAUCUGGGGUGUUAAAGAGAUAUUUAUAUCCGUGAUGUUUUGCUACAAAAAAGAAAUAAUGACAAUUAAAAAAAAAAACAAAAACAAAAAGACAGAAAAACAUACAUCAGAGUGCAAAGGAUGAAUUCGGUUUUAACGAUCCCGCUCGUUCCGUUCUUCAGAAUCGACUGCAGAAAACAUAUCUGUGACACUCACCAAAGCCUGCGAUGCCUGUUUUAAACGAUUGAUAUCUUGUACAAAACAAACAAACGAACAAAAAAAAUAAAAUAAAAAUCAAACGUAAACUAUCAGAUGGACAGAUUACAAACACAACAUAAAGAGAUGAGAAAUGCCUUCACAUAUUCUGGAGGGGAGGAUUUAAAAAAAAAAGAGAAAAAAGAAAUGCUUCUUUAAGAAAACGUGUAUGUUUUUUAUUCAAUUUUCUAGUAGUGACAAAACUUGGUGUUUUUUCUCUUCGUGUGUUGUGUGUCGUCUUAAUAUUUGAAUGUAUUUUACUGCAGUGCGAAUUUGCCAAAGAUAUCAUAUCACUUGAUUUUUCUUCCUUUACAUUUUACUCAUUUUUUUUUUUAAUUUUAAUUUUGAUUUUUUUUUGUUCUGGAUUGUGAUCGGUUACGUUCAGAAAACUGGAAAUAAGUGGUGAAUUUGAUAUUACGCUUAUUUUUUUAUAUUUCUAUUGUUAAUAUUAUUGUUAUUUUAUCUUCCCGGCUUUGAGUUGACUGUGAAAUAUUAAAUUGCAGUUUGCCUGACGCAUCUCUUCAUACUCAGUCUGUGUACCUGUCCAUCCGUCCACCCGAGUGACUGUUGUUGGUGAAUUAUUCCACUUAUGUACCUGUAAUGUGAAAUUAAGAAGUAAUUAUUUGUAAAUAUUUGCCAUAAUUUUAUUGGUCCUUCAGAAUAAAAAAAUAAUUUUUUGGAACUUA